AGGCUUGCCGGACAGAGUUGGGAAGGAAACCGCCUUCCGAUUGGCUGCACGUAGAAGGCCGGCGUCCUGCGCGUGGUUGGCCCUGGCAGAGGGAGAUCCUGGCCGUCGGGGACUAGCGCUCAAACUUCCCGGGCCUAGAGCGCGGGGCCUGCCGGGAAAGCGCCGGACGGUUGUCACCUGCGGGCUGGCAGCCGCGGGUGGGCUCCGACAUGCAGAGCACAGACCUGGGCAACAAGGAGAGCGGCAAGAUAUGGCACCGCAAGCCAUCCCCGGCCGCUCGGGACGGAAUUAUAGUGAACAUCAUUCAUACCACUUCUGAUUACCUUCCCAAAGUUCUGCGAUUUUUGAAUGUGGCUUUUGAUAGCUCAGGUGAUUGCUUAAUUGCUGGGGAUCAUCAAGGAAAUAUCUAUGGUUUUGACUUGCCUGGAAACCGGUUUAAUCUUGUUCAGCGAACAGCACAAGCUUGCACAGCUCUGGCCUUUAAUCUUCAUAGGAAGUCUGAAUUCCUUGUGGCGUUAGCUGAUUAUUCUAUUAAAUGUUUCGAUACAGUCACCAAGGAGCUGGUUAGCUGGAUGAGAGGUCAUGAAUCAUCGGUGUUUUCAAUCUCUGUGCAUGCAUCAGGGAAGUACGCCAUCACUACUUCUUCUGAUACAGCACAGCUCUGGGACUUGGAUACCUUUCAGAGAAAAAGAAAGCUGAAUAUUCUCCAGUCAGUGGGUAUACAAAAGGUUUUCUUUCUACCAUUAAGUAAUACCAUCCUCAGCUGCUUUAAAGAUAAUUCCAUCUUCGCCUGGGAAUGUGAUACACUUUUUUGCAAAUAUCAAUUGCCAGCUCCACCCGAAAGCUCUAGCAUACUAUACAAAGUGUUUGCUGUGACCAGAGAUGGCCGAGUGCUGGCCGCUGGAGGCAAAUCAAACCAUCUUCAUUUGUGGUGCUUAGAAGCGAAACAGCUAUUUAGAAUUAUCCAGAUGCCUACUAAAGUUCGAGCCAUUCGCCAUCUAGAGUUUCUUCCUGAUAGUUUCGAUGCUGGUUCUAACCAGGCUCUUGGAGUGCUCAGUCAAGAUGGUAUUAUGAGAUUCAUCAAUAUACAGACUUGUAAACUUCUCUUUGAAAUCGGGAGCCUUGACGAAGGAAUCAGCUCAUCGGUAAUUAGCCCACAUGGACGGUACAUUGCAUGUGUUAUGGAAAAUGGAAGCCUGAACAUAUAUUCAGUUCAAGCUUUAACACAAGAAAUAAAUAAGCCACCUCCUCCUUUAGUGAAAGUGAUCGAAGAUUUGCCUAAACGUAAACUGACUUCUGGUGAUUUUAAGAUGAAAGUAACAUCAGGAAGAGUACAGCGGCCAGCAAAAUCAAAGGAAAACAAAAUACAGACCAGAAUAUUAAAGCAAGACCUGACUGGCCAUCUUGAAAAUAAAGAGAAUGAAUUGUCAGAUGGAUUAAAUAAAAAACGUUUACAAAUCUUAUUAAAAGGCUAUGGUGAAUAUCCAACAAAAUACAGAAUGUUCAUCUGGCGCUCUCUGCUACAGUUGCCUGAAAAUCAUACUGCAUUCAGUAGCUUGAUAGAUAAAGGUGUCCACAUGGCAUUUCUCAACCUUCAGAGGAAAUACCCCAUCAAAAGUAGGAAACUACUCAGAGUAUUACAGAGAACCCUAUCUGCAUUGGCGCACUGGUCUGCCAUCUUUAGUGACACACCGUAUCUUCCCCUCCUGGCAUUUCCAUUUGUAAAAUUAUUCCAGAACAACCAGCUCAUCUGUUUUGAAGUUGUUGCUACUCUCAUAACCAAUUGGUGUCAACACUGGUUUGAGUAUUUUCCUAACCCUCCCAUCAAUAUUCUUAGCAUGAUAGAAAAUGUCCUGGCUUUUCAUGACAAGGAGCUGCUGCAGCACUUCAUAGAUCGUGACGUAACUUCCCAGCUAUAUGCAUGGCCUCUUCUUGAAACUGUGUUCUCUGAAGUACUGACAAGAAUAUGUUCUAAAGCUCCUUUGCUCAAUUGUGAUCGUAAAGAUGAUUUUGAGUACUUCUUUCACCAUCGGAAUAACCUGGACAUAAGUGUUGUAAUUAGAGAAGUUUAUCAUCUCAUGGAUACCACACCUGCUGACAUUCAUCCAGAGAGUAUGCUCAGUGCUUUUGUGGCACUGACAAAAGGCCAGUAUCCAGUAUUUAACCAGUAUCCCAAGUUCAUUGUGGACUAUCAGACACAGGAACGGGAACGAAUAAGGAAUGAUGAAUUGGAUUACUUACGAGAGAGGCAGACGGUUAAGAAUAUGCAAGCUGAAGUGGACCAACAACGAGCUGAAGAUGAAGCUUGGUGCCAAAAACAAGAACUACUCCAUAAAGCUGAAGAAACCAGGAGAGAAAUGCUCCUGCACGAGGAGGAGAAGAUGCUACAGCAAAGACAGAGACUAGCUGCUGUGAAAAGGGAGCUGAAAAUACAGGAAAUGCACUUACAGGAUGCCACAAGAAGGCGUUUGCUGAAGCUUCAGCAAGAUCAGAAGGAAAUGGAACUGAGGAGACUGGAUGAUGAGAUUGAGAGAAAGGUAAAUAUGAGAGAUCAAGAAAUUGCUACCACAGCCAAAGACCUAGAAAUGAGACAUCUGGAACUUGAAUCACAAAAAAGACUUUAUGAGAAGAAUCUUACUAGAAAUCAAGAAACUGUUGCAAAAGAAAUGAGAGAAGAUAUAGAUGCCUAUAGACGAAAAGUGGAUCUUGAAGAACGCUCAUUUCGUAGACUGAUAGAAGCAGAUCAAACACAGAACCAAAAAGCCCAAAAGUUAAUUGAAGAAAACUUGGCAAAAGCUGAACAAGCCUGUCUAAAUACUGACUGGCAAAUUCAGGCUUUACAGAAACAAAGAUGGAGCGAUCAACAACGAAAUGAAUCUUACCGGGAAAUGGCCAAGCUCCUUCGGGAAAACAGAAGGAAAGAAAUAGAAGUAUUGAAUGCAAUGAUGCAGAAUGAAGCUAAAAAAUGGAAGGAAGCUGAAGAAAAAGACUUUCAGCUGAAAUCAGAAAAGAAAGCUUCUGCUCUUUCAGAUGCAUCUAGAAAGUGGUUUCUAGAGAAGGAGAUAGACGAUGCUUUGGAACACGCUGAACAUAUACAUAAUAAGGUAGUGCCCAGAUGCCAAAAUGAACGGGUUGCCUCAAGCCGUUGGCCUAGAACCUCACAGUUAGAUGACAUUUCUGAAAUGGAUUUCUCAACUCGGAUUUCUUUAAACCAAAGAAAAAUGCAGUGGGACACCAUGGAACGGGAUCUUCUGGAGAGAGUGAGAAACCUUCGCCAGAGACUCACCGCGCAGGCUCGUAGCAGAUGUCAAACACCUCAUCUUUUGGCCACAUAGGAGGCUGGUCACCUUGAAAGAGUCAAAGAAAUACCUAUUUUGCAAUUAGUGAUACUGAUUUUUAGAUUAUUUAAAUUCCUGUAAAGAUCAACCUUUUGUAUAGAAAACUGUGUAGAAAAAUUAUGUAUUCUAUUUAAUUCUUAUGCUUUUUGGCUUGUAAAUGGCUUCUGGUACUUUGCACAAUAAAAAUUUUUUAAGGUA